AUGUGUCACAAAUUUAGUUUGAUUGCUUUGAUCGGAAUAGUGGUGGCGUUUGGUCUAGCGAGCGCUGAAACCAAUGUUAAGCAAUGUAAGGACAACACCAAACCCUUCCCAUUAAUGGUAAACAUUGAAGGCUGUACACAAAUACCCUGCGAUGUUUAUAAAGGUCAGACCACCGUGGCACAGGUGCAUUUCGUAAGCACCAAGGACAAUAUUCAUAAGUUGACUGCGAAAUGUUACGCCACAGCUUUGGGUAUAACGGUGCCGUAUGAGUUGCCUGACGAUGUUGCCGACGUGUGUCAGAAUCUACUUUAUGACGCCAUGUGCCCACUCUACGCCACAGAGGAUGUUGUUUAUGACUUCCAAUUCUAUGUGGAUCAAUAUUAUCCUGAAAUUCCAGCCACAAUUGAACUGAAUCUAGUCGAUAAAGAUAAUGAGGUAAUCACCUGCUUUAGUGCGAGCAUUCGUGUGCGUAAGGGAACUGCCACUAAUAACGUUAAUGGAUUGGAAGCAGGCGAACCUAUUUUAUUUAAAAACAAUAUAAAGAAUACCUUCCAUUUAAUUUGAAAACGAUUUUUAAACAAAAUUGUUGUUUUGUAUUUUUUGUGCCACAUCUGAGACUGUUUUAUACUUAGAGUAGAUAUGAA